AUUCAGCUUGUCAGUCUUGAUAACAAGCACUUUUACCUUCCAAGCCAUCCUUCCAACCCUGAAGCUUUCUUCUCUAAGGAGGCUGGACCUACCCUGGGUGUGGUAAGUGAGCUAUGGCCUUAAGAGCAGGUGGGGAGGGCUGCCUACAGGAGCAUAAGAAGUAGGACCAGUUCCCUCCAGACUGCUGGUGUGUGGCCCAGGGCGGAGCCCCUGGGUUUAAAGAGCAGAACCCACCCAGGCUGUCCUCAGACUUCCAUCUGCACCACUCACCUGGCUCAGGUCAUCUCCAGGGACACUGAAACACAGAGAUACUACCUACUAUUACUAUUACACACCUGCAGCCUGCAGCCUCGCCCUGGGUCCUGAUAUGGAGGGAAUCAACUGUGCCUUUCUCCUGCUAGCAGGUCUGCCUGCUUUGGAAGCCAGUGACCCAGUUGAUAACGACAGUCCCUUCUACUAUGACUGGGAGAGCCUGCAGCUCGGAGGAUUGAUCUUUGGAGGGCUCCUGUGCAUCGCUGGAAUUGCCAUGGCCCUGAGUGGCAAGUGCAAAUGUAGGCGCACCCAUACGCCCAGUCCCUUACCUGCGAAAGCCACUCCACUCAUCACUCCAGGCUCUGCCAAUACCUGCUGAACUGAACACAGGACCAAGUUUGGAGGCAGGUUUUGGACAACUUUCUGCCGUACUUCCCCUCUGGGGACCUUCCUCUCCAGGAUGGCUUCCCUAAAACAUACUAUUGAGUCUUCACUGACAGGGAAGGGUAUUGCACAUCUGAUUGUAUAUUAAACUCGUCUUGCUGCUCA